UACACAGUGACGGGAACGUGUUUGUGUGUUGUGAUCCAAACAUUAGACAAGACGGACAGACGCGGGAUGAGCCUGGCAGUCUGCUGGAAUCACAGUAAACAGAGAGCAGAGCUGUUCACACACCGCGCCGAGCUGCCUGUGCUGCUGCAGAGGAGACACAUGAUACGAUGGAGAAUCUAGAGUUGAGCCUGUCAUCACUGGGCACCAUAUCCAGACAUGUUGACAAAAGUCACAACGAACUGAGCCAAUAUCUGUCCAAACAGAUAUGGAGCCAGCAGGACAGGCAGUGUAUCCUGGAGUGUUUGGCUCAGCUGCUCUUGGAGAAGGAUUACACUUUGCUGAUUGCUCGGCACCUGCGCCCGCUGGUCCUGGACCUGCUGGAGCGGAACGCAGAGAGGGUGAAAGCCGGCGGGAGGAUCAACCAUGACCUCCACGAGCGCCUGUGUGUGGCCCUCAGCAAACUGCUCGGCAUCAGUCCUGAUGCACAGGCGUUUGCUGCGAGGUACUUCAACGAUGCCCCCCCAGUGUUUCAGAGGCUCUUCUUCACCAGCGAGGAGUCGUCAGCUGUUCAUUAUGGCCCCAGGAGGAUGAAGAUGCGUGACCUCAUGGGUGCCACCCUGCGCUUCCUCCAGAGUGAUUGUGCUAAGUUUCGAAUGCUGUGGGAUUGGAGUCCCUGUGUGUCCCAGCUGCUCACCAGUGACGUCAUGGUUCGAGGGUACACUGCUCAUUGUUUAGCACAGGUGUCUCAUAUGACUGAUAAUCAGAAAACAAUAUUUCUGAGGAAGGUGUUGUCAAGUGAUGAGAUCCUGCACAUGAAAAUUAAAGCGUUGGAAGAAACUCAGCAGCUGGAGGUAGAGAAAGCCCUGGUGUUAGCAAAUCAGGGCUCUGUGAUGUGGCGCCAGGAGAAGGCUAAUAAGUUUACCAGAGGUCAGGUGGUAUCAGAGGACCUGUCCCAUAAUGUUGUGGCAGUGUGUGGUGUGGUUCUACCCAGGAUCGUUCCUAGACAGACUGAACAGGUGAACCAGAAGGAUCUGGUGCUGGUCGACUCAACCUGUCGUAAUCUGAGAAGGCUGGCGCUGGCCGUGGCUUCCCAGAAGCCUGUGCUGCUCGAGGGUCCUAUUGGAUGUGGUAAAACGGCCCUAGUGGAGUUUAUGGCUGCUGUCACUGGACAUACAAAAGCUACAGAGAUUCUCAAAGUCCAGCUGGGGGAUCAAACUGACAGUAAGAUGCUGCUGGGGAUGUACCGCUGUACUGACAUACCAGGGAAGUUUGUGUGGCAGCCAGGGACCCUGACACAAGCUGUAUCUACAGGCCAGUGGAUCCUACUGGAGGACAUAGACCAUGCACCUCUGGAUGUGAUCUCCGUGCUCCUGCCUUUGAUGGAGAAUAAAAAGUUGAUGAUUCCAGGUCGGGAGGAUUGCAUUGACGUCGCUCCUGGAUUUCAGUUCUUUGCAACGAGAAGGAUGUACUACAGUGGUGGCAGCUGGCACAAACCACAGAACUCCCAUGCAGCACUGCUGGACAAGUACUGGACCAAGCUGCAAAUGGGCAACAUGACAAGAGAAGAGCUGAAGAAGGUGCUCAUCAGCAGGUAUCCAAAGCUGACGGUGGUGACAGACCGUCUGCUGGAUAUCUACUGCCAGCUGACUGGAGACAGACACUCUGACCUUGACACUGACAGCCUCCAAAGCACCGAUGGCAGCCAGGACAAAACCACAUCGCUGGAGGGCAGAGCGCUGUCACUGAGGUGA